AUGGACGCGAAGCCUCAGAGGCCACGCGCGCUUAAGGUCCACGACGAGAACAUGCCACCUCCGGCCAUUGUCAACGGUGCUGCUACGGCUUUUGCAGGCAAGACGCUCCAUCAACGGACCAAAUCCACGCCGGCAUUAGGGACGCUGUUGCAGGCGGGUGCAGUGAAGGCGGCCAACAAGAAGGUAUUGGGCGAAGCGAGUGCGAAUCUGAAAGUCGUGAGAGACGACUCCGAGGUCGGAAAGGCUUCUCCAGGGAAGAUCAGCGCGCAAGCUCAAGAGUCUGUGAAGCCUGUGACUGCCGCUUUGACACGGCCCGCAGCUCGACCGUUGGUGACAAAGACUUCAUCGAGUCAAAGCAUGGGCGCAGCCAACACAUCAACGACCCAGAGUAUUCUGCAAACUGCAAUUGCGGCGCCGGAGCCAGUCAAGAAAGCGGUCGUGUCUAAGAAGAGCACAAAGGUGCUCAAGGACUUGCUGCCUGCGACUGCACCCGUACCCGAGCCUGAGGUGCGGCCACAAGUGUCGGCCUUCUUGGCAGCGGCCAAGCAAGAACUGCACGAGAUUCAGCGCCAGGGAGUCAGCAAGACAGAGAGCGUCCCUCUUCGGGAUGAAGCACCUGCUCGGCCGGCGGUCAGGUCUUCCGCUAUGAACGUCAGCCAAAUGUUGCCGCAUGGCUUUACUUCCGACCAGGACUACUACAACUUCCUUGCAGCUCAGAGCGGGGCCCAGAUGCACUAUGCUCCGCCCAUGCACGGCUACCAGCCCGCGAAUCCAGCCCUUAUACACUACCCGCUCAUGGACCAGCAGCCUGUCGAGCAGUUCUACGACUGCGAGGAGGAAGAGUAUUAUGGCGAGGAUGGCUACACCACAGCGCGAUCGUUCGGACUCCGAGGAGAGAGCACAGGUGCACUCACCACCGUACUUGUCCCAGCUGCUGACGAAAAGGUCCGCAUGGAGCUGGAGGCUGCGCGAGCGCAUGUAGAGGCUACCCGGCCUGCUGACGACAUCGAGGACGAGCAGUGGGACACGUCCAUGGUUGCGGAGUACGGCGACGAGAUCUUCGGCUACAUGCGUGACCUCGAGACCAAGAUGGCACCCAAUCCGCGCUAUAUGGAACAGCAGCAGGAGAUCCAGUGGUCGAUGCGGGCUGUCCUUAUGGACUGGGUCAUCCAGGUGCAUCAGCGGUUCAACCUGCUACCGGAGACACUGUUCCUGACAGUAAACUACAUUGACCGGUUUCUGUCCUGCAAGGUAGUGUCGCUAGGCAAGCUGCAGCUGGUGGGCGCAACUGCCAUCUUCGUCGCGUCGAAGUACGAAGAGGUUCAGUGCCCGACAAUUGCGGAGAUCAUCUACAUGGUUGACGGAGGCUACACUCCAGAUGAACUGCUGAAGGCCGAGCGCUUCAUGCUUAGCAUGUUGCAGUUUGAGCUAGGCUGGCCGGGUCCGAUGAGCUUUCUGCGACGCAUCAGCAAGGCAGAUGACUAUGACCUCGAAACACGAACACUGGCCAAGUAUUUUCUGGAGGUUACCGUUAUGGACGAGCGGUUUGUCGGCUGCACUCCCAGCUUCCUGGCUGCCGGCGCGCAUUGCAUGGCCCGUCUAAUGCUCCGCAAAGGCGAGUGGACCCCGGCUCACGUGUACUACUCGAACUACACAUACUCCCAGCUCCGACAACUGCUGUACGCAAUCCUCGAAUGCUGCGAGGAACCGCAGAAGCAUCACUCCGCGGUUUUCGAGAAGUACAUGGACAAACGGUACAAGCGUGCAUCCACCUUCGUAGUUGGAGAGCUGCAGAAGGGCUUCGCAGUACCUGGCUACUCUCCGCCUGGCAUAUUACCUGGUCCGCAAGAUCCCAACACUGGCCGUCUGUGGUGUUGA